CGAUGGCCGAUGUCGUGCUCGAUAUUGGUUCCCACGAGAAACGUGAGAUUGCAGCGGAAGCCGAGCUCGUCCCGACCUUUCCAUCGCAAGAGUUUCUCGGUCAUGGUAAAGGGAAAAUAGGUGGCUCUCGUGCUGUUGUGCGUAAGCGAUCUGCUGACACCACCGCGAACAACCCUGAUGGCGACGCCCCGAUGUGCACCGACAUUGACGACCUCAUCUCUGAUGAAUACCUGCGCCAAGUGUGCCGUGAGGAGUUCGAAUCCAUGCGCUCCACCAUCACCGCCGAGGCCAGCGGCUCCGUCACCAAGACCCCCGGCGAGAAACACUCCAACCUGGUCCAGACCGCGGUCGCCCCUCGCUUCGGCGCGGUCAACAGGCAGUUCCAGGCCCAGAUCGACGAGCACAAGAAGCCCACCACCUUGGCAUCAGUGCAGCUCGAGCUCCGCCAGUGGUUCUCGUCGCUCGAUUUCGAGGGUUAUGAUUACAAGAUUGUGCAGCGUGGUGAAUCUCCUGCCAGGCGUUUCGAGGUCUCCUUCUCUGGUCCGCCUGCCGCUGCUGCGCGCAAGGCUUCUCGGGCUACUUCCGAGCAGCCUGAAGGCGCGUGGCGCGAGUUCUGGGUCACUCCUCCAGGCGCCGAGCAAUGCCGUCUCCACCUCGGCCCUGACAAGAGCCCGAAGCAGAUCAAGACCGAGAUCACCCUCCGCAGAGCCCGUCAGCUCGUCGACUUACAACACCCUGGCAAGCGCUACUUCUCUGACCGCGAGCGCGGCGUCCUGUCUAUUGGCUUGGGCAAUAUAGUGCAGGUCACGCUCCGCACUGCCACGAAGGAGCUCACGGCGCCGGCGGGCGCUAGCCGGCCCCGCGGCUACGGCAGCUGGAGCAGCCAGGAGAUGCGGGCACGGCAGCAAGAUGCCGCCGAAGGGCUGAGCAUGUCCAGUUGCUUUGCCGCGCUGGGACGCGGCUCGAGCGUCCACGAGGAUCACCGCCAGCUCGUUUCCUUCCUUGGCACCAUCGCGGGCGGCCUCGUGGUGCACUCCAGCUUCUGCGGCGACGAUGCGGGUGGCCGCGUCAGGGGUGGCGUUGCAGUUGCGCUUCCUCCUCUGGCGUGUGCUUGGCAGGUUUUGGCGACAUCGUCGCACCCAGUUAUCGUUCCUGGGCGGGUCCUGCAGGUGGAGGCGUCGGCCGGCGAAUCGCCCCUGCUCACUUUCAACAACCGCAACCUCGACCUGUCCGCCGACGACGCGCAGAGCGUGGCUGCCGAGGUUUGCUCGGCUCGGGCCGUCGCCGCCAACGCUCCUGACGGGUGCCUGGUGGUGGUUCACGGCGACUUGAUUUUCGCCUCGCGCGAGUCGGUCUCGCUGCACAUGCCUGCUGCCUCCGCGCGUCGCAUCGCGCGCCAGCGCCGCGCCCGGGCCCCCAAGUGGCGGGCAGCGCUGGCGCCUGUGACAGAGAUCGAGUGCGACGAGCCUACGCGCGACGAGAAGCAAAACAAUGCCGCGGCCAUCAUCGACAUGUUCUGUUGCUCUCUGACGGGCUGGCAGUUGCGCCAGGUGCGGGUGCAAGUUUCUCCGCUCGACUCCGCGGCCCUCGUCUCUAACCGCUCGAUUUCUGACGACGCGGCCGCCAUUGUCUCGUUCGCCCCUCGUGCUGUUCGCCCCUUCGAGCAACUGGCGAUAGCCGAGCGCAUCUUCUGGGGGCCAGCCGUCAAGCGGCGCCCCGCGGGCCUCGCGCAGUCCGCCAACUUGGCCCCCAUGUCGCCUCCUGUCAGCCGCCUGAUUGACGCCCGCCCUGCGGCCGCUGAUAUGAUCUCCAUGGCCAGCGAUUCGGUUGGGCUCAGACAUCCGCCCGCGUUCCAGUCGUGGAUUGACCGUGCGCGGACCGAGGUUGCCGACGCUCGCUCGGCAGAGCUCGAGGCGCAGAGGAAGAUGGGUCUGCACUCGCGUCGGAACGUGACCGACUGCGUGAGCUCGGCGCUUUCUGGGCACCUGUCUUUCAGAGGGCGGAGCGGGAUCGUGCUGCUGAUGUUCCUUACCUUCGUGCCCUGCUCCCCCGUGCGGGGGGGGUUCGUUCCUGGCCGCAACAUAGGGAGCGACAUCCUGGAGCUCGACGUCUCGAGUCGCAUUCUGUCCGUCACUCCCCCGGCCUCCCAGAACAUCCUCAUCCUUUACUCCCUGGACUUCGGCCAGGCCUUCCCGUCGCUGAACCAGGACUUCCGUCUGCUCGCGGUGGCCCCCUUUGGCGUCCCCGACGCGCCCCUCGCCUUCGUCGGGUUCUUGUGCUCGUCGAUCGAGGGCCUCGUGGAGCUGCGUCGCGCGCGCGAUGUCAUGUCCAAGGCCUCGUCCACGGCCAACUCGGCGCUCGAGGUCGCCGAGUGCAAGCUCGCCCCCCCCCCCGCCGGGCCCAGAAGGCGGCCGACGCCAUCGACGCUGCGUUUCAUGAGUGGAGCCCCAUUCGAGAUCGUGCCAUCGCUGGUUUACUUGGGUUUGUGGAUCGGCCCUGGUGGCACUAAGCAAGCGCCCUGGUCUGACCCCGUAGCAAAGCUCCUUCUGCGGGCUCGAGCAAUUGGCCGGGGAACCACUCCAACCAGCCUGUCUGCAAUACUGUGCAACGCCAGAGCGGUCUCUACCAUUUCGUGCGCGGCGCAGUUCUGCUGGCUGACUCAGGGCGCGCUCCAGCCCGAGCUCGCGGUGCUCGCGCAGGUAGUCCGCACCCCCCUGGGCACGUUCUCAAUGGGCGCGCGGGUUCAGCUUGAGCGGCCCCCGCGUUUGUCGAGACUUCGGAAGCUGCCGCUAGAGCUCAUCAGAGACCUGGCCAGCUGCGUCGCCUGGUCCCGUUCGCUACUGCCGCUGCCCGCGAAGCGCUCCAGGGACCUGCUGACCGCCGUCAUCGGCCUCAACGUGCUGCUCACCCUGUUAUGCGCCAGCUCGCAAGAUGGCUACGUCGUCUCCCGUGAGACCGCAGGCCCCGACCACGCGUUCGCGCUCUCCGUCGCC